AUGGAAGGCUCGCUGGCGGCCAACUGGAGCGCCCAGGGGCACCCCGCGAGCGCCCCGCCGCCCGGGGCCGAGGGCAACCGCACGGCCGGGCCGCCGCGGCGCAACGAGGCGCUGGCGCGCGUGGAGGUGGCGGUGCUGUGCCUCAUCCUGUUCCUGGCGCUGAGCGGCAACGCGUGCGUGCUCCUGGCGCUGCGCACCACGCGCCACAAGCACUCGCGCCUCUUCUUCUUCAUGAAGCACCUGAGCAUCGCCGACCUGGUGGUGGCCGUGUUCCAGGUGCUGCCGCAGCUGCUGUGGGACAUCACCUUCCGCUUCUACGGGCCCGACCUGCUGUGCCGCCUGGUCAAGUACCUGCAGGUGGUGGGCAUGUUCGCCUCCACCUACCUGCUGCUGCUCAUGUCGCUCGACCGCUGCCUGGCCAUCUGCCAGCCGCUGCGCUCGCUGCGCCGCCGCACCGACCGCCUGGCGGUGCUGGCCACGUGGCUCGGCUGCUUGGUGGCCAGCGCGCCACAGGUGCACAUCUUCUCGCUGCGCGAGGUGGCCGACGGCGUCUUUGACUGCUGGGCGGUCUUCAUCCAGCCCUGGGGCCCCAAGGCCUACGUCACGUGGAUCACGCUCGCAGUCUACAUCGUGCCGGUCAUCGUGCUGGCCGCCUGCUACGGCCUCAUCAGCUUCAAGAUCUGGCAGAACCUGCGGCUCAAGACGGCGGCGGCAGCCGAGGGCGCGGCGGUCGGCGGCGGGGGACGCGCGGCGCUGGCCCGGGUCAGCAGCGUCAAGCUCAUCUCCAAGGCCAAGAUCCGCACGGUGAAGAUGACCUUCAUCAUCGUGUUGGCCUUCAUCGUGUGCUGGACGCCGUUCUUCUUCGUGCAGAUGUGGAGCGUCUGGGACACCGACGCACCCAAGGAAGCCUCCGCCUUUAUCAUUGCCAUGCUCCUGGCCAGCCUCAACAGCUGCUGCAACCCUUGGAUCUACAUGCUCUUCACGGGUCAUCUCUUCCAUGAACUGGUGCAACGUUUCCUGUGCUGCUCCUCCAGCUACCUGAAGGGCAGCCGGCCUGGGGAGACGAGUGUUAGCAAGAAGAGUAACUCAUCCACUUUCGUCCUGAGCCGCCGCAGCUCCAGCCAGAGGAGCUGCUCCCAGCCUUCCACGGCAUGAGCCACAGGCCUGGGCCACAGCCACCUGUGGCUUGGGUAGGACUGACUGUGGGCUGGGCAGUCCGCCCCUUGGUGUCUGUGCACUGAUCCAUGUAAGGUGCCUAUCAGUUUAUGUCUCCAGUCCCCCUUGGGGUGGCUGGAGUGUGGGGCAGAUGCUGCCUGGGGUGGGGAAACAUCUCUGUGGUGGGAGAUGAUAGGGUGACUCAGCCGUAAUAUGAUUCUCUGGACCUUGACUGGGCUCCCACCUGUGCUUCUGUUCCCCUGACCCAAGGGCUCCUGGGUUGUGGGUGGGCUCUUUCCCCCUGGACCUGCACUUUCUCUCCAUCACCUUUUUGUUCUUUUAUUGUGAGGUCUUGUGAAAGGCAUUAGUGACAAGUUAGAUCAGGAAACUCCAUUUGCUGGACUUGGGAUAAGGACUGGGAAGUGAGACCAUGAAUUGGAAGGGUGGCGCUAAUUUCCUUCUGACCCUGGAGGGAUUUUGCCUCCAAGAGGACAUAUCUUGGCAUCCUUGGGGACCAUUAUGUCUGAAGGCAGACAUUUAACACAGGAAGACAAUGAAAAUUUGGGUUGAACAUGUUGAAGGUGAUGUUAACAAGCACUUGGAAAAGAAAGAGAAAUAAGAAACAAAGGAAGAAGUCAAACUCUUUGUAGAUGACAAUAUUGUAUGCCUAGGAAAUCAUAAGGAACACAUACGUGCAACCUUAUGUGAACUAGAAGAUGGCUUUAGCGAGGUUGCAGGGGCAAGAUCAAUGUGCAAGAAUCUAUUAUAUUUCUUUAUACUACUGAUAACCCUGUGGAAGUAAAUUUAAGAAACAAUUCAACUUGGGGCUGGGGAGAUGGCUCAGUCAGUCAAGUACUGGCCAUGCAAACUGGAGGACCUGCAUUUGAUACCCAGCACCUGUGUGAACAGUGAGCAUGGCACAGCUGCCUGAAACCCCAGCCCUGCGAGGCAGAGGCAGCAGCACCUCUGGGGAUUGAUGGGUACAUAGUCUAGCUGGAUUGGUGAGCUCUGAGUUCAGUGAGAGAGCCUGUCUCAAAAAAUAAGGUGGAGGAACACACCUCAUGUUGACCUCUGGCCUCCCCACAUAUGUGCGUGCACACACACAUGCACAUAUACACACAGACAGACAAUUCCACUUAUAAAAUCACCAGAAAUAAUAAAAUUGGAAUACAGUUAACAAAGGUGUUAUAAGACUGGUACCCUGAAAGCUGCAGAACACCAUGUGGGACAUUGAAGACAACUUAAAUGGAAAGACAUCUGUGUUUGUAGUUCAGAAACUUAACAUUGCAGAGGUUUGAGGAAAGCCUUAUUAACAUCCUAGAUGCUUCUUCAGAAGCUGACAUGCUGAUCCUGACAUUCCUAAGGAAAUGCAGACAAUCUAGAAUAGCCAAAAGUCCUGGAAACUGAAAAUGAAAGCUGUUGGAUACCCUUCCUUCUUUUCAAACAACUACUAUAAAGCUGCAGAAACUACAACUGUGUGGUACUGGCUUCUGAAUAGGCAUGGAGCAAUGAAACAGAGUACGGAGUACAUGUAUGAGCACUUCCAUUAAUGGCCAGUUAACUAUCCAACUGGUGCCAACAAUUUUAUUAGGGGAAGAAUAGUGUUUUCAAUUAAUGAGUUGGCUAUGUACAUAGAAAUGAGUGAAGUUUGAGCCUUACUCACAUUAUAUACAAAUGCCAACUCAAAAGGCAUCAGAAACCUAAAUGUAAGAGCUGAAGCUCUAAAACUCUUAGAAAUGCCUAUCAACUGAUGAAUGGAUAAAUGAAAUGUAAUAUAUAGAUAAAACAGAAUAUUACUCUGCCCUAAAAAGAAAUGGAGUAUGCAUUCAUACUAUAACACUGAUGGACUUUGCAUAUAUUUUUCUUUUUUCUUUAUUUAUUUUAGAGUGACAGAUAGAGAGAAAGAGGCAGAGAGAGAGAGAGAGAGAGAGAGAAUGGUCAUGCCAGGGCCUCCA